UGUUUGGCUUUGAAACGUUUGCGUGUUGCUUCACACCACCGCAAGCAUCACGUUAUAGUAUUGACUUUGGGGUAAAAUGAAUUAUGUCACGGCAUCUCUCAGGUUGUUCUGAUAUAUGUACAAACUAAACUGAAUGAGUUUAAGCUUCGGUCACGUCUUUGGAAGUCACUUCCCUUCCUCUUUUGACUUUGGAAAGCAGCGCACUCGUACCGCUUUUAUUUCAGCAACGCCGACAUCUCUUUAACACACACUGUAUCUUCUGUUGCGUGACAAGACUUUGUCACAUGGCGGGCCUUUGGAGAUCUUAUCAGGUGCUGAUGGCCAAACAUCCAUGGACAGUGCAGAUUAUAACUGCUGGCUCUCUGGUGGGUGUGGGUGAUGUCAUCUCUCAGCAGCUGAUUGAACGCCGUGGACUGGCCAAUCACAGCGUGAGACGCACAGCCAAGAUGAUGAGCAUUGGCUUCUUCUUUGUCGGUCCAGUGGUCGGCGGAUGGUACAAGGUGCUGGACAAGCUUGUUACUGGUGGUACUAAAAGUGCAGCUCUGAAGAAAAUGCUGGUUGACCAGGUGGGCUUUGCUCCGUGUUUCUUGGGUGCUUUUCUGGGAAUAUCUGGAGCGCUCAAUGGACUGACUGUGGAAGAGAAUGCAGCCAAACUCAAGAGGGACUACAUGGAUGCCUUGAUCUCCAAUUACUAUCUUUGGCCGCCGGUGCAGAUCGCCAAUUUUUAUUUCAUCCCUCUCCACCACAGAUUGGCUGUUGUUCAGGUUGUGGCUGUAGCCUGGAACUCUUACCUCUCAUGGAAAGCCAAUAAGAUUUAAUGAGACUGACCACUACCUCACACACAGGAACAUUUUUGUUUGUAGUUUUUUAACAGUUGAUCUUUAGCAAAUGUAUUAACACACACACGUGCACAAAACUAACAGAUAAAGUUUGCACAACCAAGUCAAAGCUGAAAGUAAUUUAGAUUUCUGACAUUUUAUUAACCUCUGAAAUUAAUGCCAUUUGUGAUUAUAGAUUCUGAAAAGAAUUUAUAUUAAUUCUGUACAUUUGAUUUUGAUGUCUAUUUUUUACCAGUGUUUAGAUGGUGUAUUAUGGUCAAUAACUAAGAACAGCAGGCCUGUUACAGGAUGUGACUCCAUUUUGAGUCAUUUUUUGUCUUCUGUGGUCACAGUGAUUAAAUUAAGGAACAUGUGAUUGACAGAAGUGGAGUUGUGGAUCUUAUGUCUUCUACUAGGUCAUUGCAUUGAGUAUCACAAUACAGUACUGUGUAUAAAAUAAAUAUUUCACAAAAGCCAGAA